AUGGGGAUCCUCUCCUGGCUGUCGAGCUUCCAGGCGCCCAAAAAAGACUUCUGCAGCGACGAGUUCCGGCCGCUGUGGUCCUCGUUUGUGGAUUGCUUUGUGGACAGCAUACAUGCGCGAAUGAUGCCGGCAUCGCCUCCGUCAGAACAGGAGGUCACAGAGCUGCCCUCCGUUCUGCCUGCUGCAAAGCGGUUAAUUGCCAUUGGUGAUCUGCAUGGCGAUUUUGAAAAGACAAGGCAGGCGUUUCAGUUGGGAGGUCUUGCCGACAAAGAUGAUAACUGGAUAGGUGGAGACACCAUAUGUGUGCAGGUUGGCGACCAGCUAGAUCGCGGCGACCAUGAAGUUUCCAUACUUUAUUAUUUGGAGCGGCUGCAAAGACAGGCAAGCAGGGCUGGUGGUGCUCUGCAUGUCAUGAAUGGCAACCAUGAGACGAUGAACAUGAAUGGGAGAUUCAAAUACUGUACUGAAGCACAGGACGAUCGCUGUGAGGAUGGUGCCACGCGUUUUCAGGGCACCAAGCUUGGGACAAUAUGCCCCUCGACUUGA